AUGACUACUCGCAGGUUUUUGGUUGGUGGUAACUGGAAGAUGAAUGGCAGCAAGGAUCUAGUGGAUUCUAUCUGCACUGGUCUUAAUACUGCUUCGUUUGCUGCCCAUGUGCAAGUUGUUGUUGCUCCACCUGCUCCUUACCUGGCUCUUGCUCGUUCCAAGCUCAAUCCAUCGAUUGCUGUUGCUGCUCAGAAUGCCAGUCAAGAAAAAAGUGGUGCUUUUACUGGCGAGGUUAGCAUUGACAUGCUUCAUGAUCUCUCCAUUGACUGGGUUAUUCUCGGUCAUUCUGAGCGUCGUGAGCUGUAUAACGAGUCUGAUGAUUUGGUUGGUCGCAAGGUAGCUUUUGCUGUCCAGAACAACCAAAACGUAAUUGCCUGUGUUGGUGAAAAGCUUGAGCAUCGUGAAGCUGGCAAGACCACCGAGGUGGUUUUCCGUCAACUGAGUGCUAUCUGCAAGCACCUCACCAAAGAGAGCUGGAGCAAGAUCGUGAUUGCAUAUGAGCCAGUUUGGGCUAUCGGCACGGGCAAGGUCGCUACUCCUCAGCAGGCACAAGAGGUCCAUGAGCAGAUUCGUCACUGGCUCCUUGAACAUGUUUCCUCUGCAGUUGCCGAGACCACCAGAAUUAUUUAUGGAGGCUCUGUUAAUGCUAAAAACUCUGGAACUCUGCAGUCCGAAAAAGAUAUUGAUGGGUUCCUUGUUGGCGGUGCAUCCCUCAAAGCCGAAGACUUUGUGUCCAUUUGCCAGAGCAGAGUUUAAAAAAAUCACUAAACGCUUUUUUGAUUUUCUACG